GACAACCCAACACCAUCUGGAUCUCAAUCAGUAACCUUAAAAAAAAGAAAACAAAACUCUACAUUAUAUAUAGAUGCAUAUUUUGAUGCAAAAGAAGCAAUUGACAAAGAUAAAGAAACGAAGGCUAAUAAAUCUCUAAUUAAAUGGAUUGUGUAUUCGGGUAUUUUAUUUUCGGCCUUUGAUUCUCCCUAUUUUGAAGAUUUUAUCAAGAUGUUGAAUCCAGGAUAUAAUUCACCUAAGCGCACUACAUUAGCAACAUCAAUCUUAGAUGCAGAAGCGGCAAAUAUCUUACUGAAGGUAGAAAAAGAACUUUUUAAGGCUAAAAAUAUUACUUUAUGUGUAGAUGGUUGGAGUAGCCUAUUAAAGCAAAGCAUAUAUGCUUUUGUUAUAAUUACAAAUGAAAGAAAACAAUAUAUAUAUUCAUUACAAGAUUUUUCAAAGUUUUUCCAUACUGCAAGUUUUAAUUCUGAGAAAAUGAUAGAAGUAUUAGAAAAUGUUGGGCCCGAAAAAUUUACAGCAAUAAUCUCAAACGCAGAAUCAUCAAUGGUAGCGGCUAAAUAUCAG